AUGGCUGCUGUAGCACGCCCUAGGUAUGACGAAGAUGGAAUAGAGUUGUUUUCAGGGAAAAUAGGAAUCUUUCCUUUUGUUUUCCAAGGACCAGCUAAAAGGAAUUGCAAAAACCGAGUGGCGGGAACUUUGGAAACAAAGCCUAUUUUAUCUGUCACUAAAGAUGUGACUAGGAGUUGUUUAAUUGAAAAGGUUCUUCCAGCGAUUCGAUCAAAAUGGCUGCUUGCACAUGCAAAUGCUCCUAUUUUUAUCCAGCAAGAUAACGUAAGACCUCAUCUUAGCGUCAACGACUUAGAAUUUAAUGAAGCUGCCAAACAAGAUGGUUUUGAUAUUAGGUUAUGCUUUCAACCUCCUAAUAGUCCGAAUAUGAAUGUUUUGGACCUCGGAUUCUUCAGAGCUAUUCAAUCCCUUCAGUAUCAAAGGGCUCCUUUAACUAUUGAUGAGCUAAUAGAAGCAGUUGAGAAAUCUUUUGAUGAGAUGGAAGUUCAUAGACUGAAUCAUGUGUUUCUCACUCUACAGUCUUGCAUGGUCGAGGUGAUGAAAGAUAAAGGUGGGAACAACUACAAAAUCCCACAUAUGAACAAGGAAAGAUUAGAACGAGGAGGAAAUCUUCCUAUUCAAGUUUGUUGUGACGUUGGCGUAGUUAAUGAAGCUGUAGCUCUACUUCGGAUGUGA